ACGGGAAACGGGAGCGUUCCCUAAGAACCCUGCAGUGCGAUCAUCGUUGCUGUGGGCGUGUACCCUUUUGUCUUGCCUUGCGACCCUUCUCUUUGCUUGUGUGCCUUGACUUCCACGUCCUCUCACCUCACCCACCUUUCCUUUCCUGCGCUCGAGCAUUCCAGUCGCAAAGGAUUCCGCUGUCUCCACAUCACUUCUCCCCACAACAUCCAAUUGUCGAUGACCAAAACACAUCAUGGUUAGGUCGACACUUACGUGGGCGCGCACUGUCGCCGUCGCCGCUCUUGCACAGCAGGUAGUCUCGCAGACAUGCUACUACCCCAACGGAAAUACAGCUCCCAAAACAGAGAAGCCUUGCUCGUCAGCUUCAGGCUCUGCUUGCUGUCCUGACAACUGGCAGUGUCUCGACAACGGACUCUGCUACUACCCUCCCGAUGACCUCCACGGCAGGUACAGCUGUACCGACAAGGACUGGAAUUCACCCGGUUGUGCAUCUAAUCUCUGCACAUACAACAUGACUGUUGGAGGUGGCGAAUCCAUCACUCAGUGCUCAAAUCACAACAAUCAAUGGUGUUGCAACGGCGACGCAACGAGCGUGAACUGUUGCCAGGAAGAGCCGGAGCCACGACCGUUCUUCAACCUCCAAGAUGGUGUCGCAUACGCUACAAUCGGCUCGAACCGUGCAUCCACUAAUCCAGUUGUCUCGACAGUCAUAGGCCUUGCGACCGGCUCAAGUGGCAGCUCACCCACCUCUCGAGCUAGCUCUUCAACAGCAUCUCCUUCUACCUCGGAUGCGCCAUCGUCCUCUGAGAGUUCGGUGCGCUUGACGUCUGCCAUCUCGACGCCUGUAACCUCGGUCGCGACAAGCGUCAGAUCUGCUUCAGGGAGUUCGGGCCCCGAGACCAUAUACAUCACCAACAUUAUCACCCCGCCCGCAACCGCAACAGCCGAUGCCUCAGGUGGCGGCGCAUCUUCGUCGAGCGGCUCUGGUACUAAUAUUGGUCUCAUUGUAGGCUGCGCAGUCGGCAUCCCGCUGGGUCUUGUUUUCAUCGGCAUCGUUCUGUGGAUGUUGCGCAAGCGUCGCCAGGAGAGGACAAAUCCGUACAAGCCAACUGCCGAUGGUGGCGAGUCCCCAGAUGUUGCACCUGCCGCACUUGCGUCACCAAAGAAGCAGGUGUAUCGUCACUCGCGGCCAGGAACCUCAGAAAUCGAUAGCAAUCCUGUUGGCCCCGGCCGCCCUACCUCCACGAUACCCGGAAAGGCAGAACUCGAUUCAGGGACAGGCUUCCAGCCCGGGUCAGGCACACCGUAUGCUCCAGACACCGCAUUCAUGGGUGGUGGAACAGGCGACAGAUCUACAUGGGGCAGUUCACCACCUGGAUACUCGCCAGGGCAGCCUCAAGGGCCAUUCCCGCAUAAUCAUGAAGGAGCCGUAGAGCUUGACAGCUCGAUGAUCAUGCCUGUCAUCAACGAGAAGAGCGAGCACCAGCAGGAGUACCAGGCCUAUAGACCACCUACGGAUGCAGUGGAGAUGCCUUCCGUGAAGACGCCGCCUGAGGACGUCGAGAAGCAGAUCGGAAAGUAGGAUUAGCCGCGGUUAUGUUUCCAUUUUUAUACCACUGGCGUUCUGAGACACAUGGACUGGAGCAAUUUACCAUCAAGAGUCGAUACCAAUCACGAGAAAAGCUGUACAAAUUAAGCGUGUAUAUAGCUGAGCUCGAGAAAAGGGCUUCCAUCACAAACUAG